CCAAGUCACAAGAAAGAACCGAUGGAAAUCUUUGUAGAUGACGAAACCAAGCUGACUCUGCAUGGCCUGCAGCAGUACUACGUCAAGCUGAAGGAUAACGAGAAAAACAGAAAGCUCUUCGAUCUCCUGGACGCACUAGAGUUCAAUCAGGUGGUGAUCUUUGUGAAGUCCGUCCAGCGUUGUGUAGCUCUGGCUCAGCUGCUUGUGGAGCAGAACUUUCCAGCGAUUGCCAUCCAUCGAGGGAUGCCUCAGGAGGAACGGUAACGGAGAGCGGUGACGCCAUAAAUGUUUGUUACUAUUUUAUUACUGCAGAUAUCACUGAACUGCCAUGUUUUCAUCAGGAUAACAAGCUCAGCGUGACCCUUUAGGAAAUGGCUCAAACGUAAUCACUUCCAGCUGACAGUGAACUUGUGUUAGCUCCAUGCAGCUGCAGUCUCUCUGUUUAUUUAUAUAGCACCAAAUCACAACAACAGUUGGUACUUUAUUUUGUAAAGUAAGGACCCCACAUCUUUAUUUCUACUAUAUAAUAAUAUUAUGGAGAAGGAAGCAGGAGGCUUUUAUUUUUUACACUCUCAGGCUUUUAUUUUGUUAAAUUAAUGCGUUGUGAUGAUUAUACCAUCGCAAACAUAACUUUAACUGGUAAGUGAGGUCAUUCUUUAUAUUAGGUAAAGCAUUAGUUCUUAUAGUCUUGUGUGCUAUAAGAUGCAGUGCUGUGCAAAAGUCUUGAGCCAACCAUUGUUAGGACAGUGGUGCUGUCAUAUAUUGAAACGUGCAAACAUGCCGUAAAAGGAAACACAGUACAUUAAACCACAGUCGGAUCUCUCUGAGACAGCUUCCUUCAGGAAUACUCAGGAGCUUCUCCAGGCUUCUCCAGGCUUCUCCAGGCUUCCCAAAGGACAGUCAAAGGUUUGGGGAGGCCAUGACUGACUGUCCUGUGUGUGUUUUA